AUGGACUCCUCAACGACUCAAGCUCCUGCCCCGGCCAAUUCCCGGUAUAGCACCCACAUCGUGUUAACCACCUAUCCCGGCCAAAGCGGUAUCGAUCCCGUCCCGCUGGAAUGGGGCGCCCCCGACGCCAAAAGCCGCGGCCCCGUUGUCGUCUCCCGCAGCGGCACCUUGCUGAAACGACGUAAUGCCAUGGGCGCCCACGGCGGCAGCUACAGCAUCUACAACGCGCUGGCCAUCGCCGCCGGGGACCUGGAACCUGAUUUCCGUCCGGACUUCCGCAACAGCGAGCCCACUUUCGAUUUCAAGCCCCAAGAUGCAUGGGGCGAUAAGAAGAAAAUCGUCUCUAUGGAUCCCUGGGGCCAUGAUAUCGUGAACCAGUUCAAGGAGGAGCUUGAUAAGGGCUGGGAUAUUCGUCCGACGAUGGCCGUGACUCGUGCAAAUAUGAAACUGGCGGAGAUUGGCGAGGCUGUGCGGGAUGGUCUCUUGGAUGUGGAUGGGUCGAUCGUCGUCGAUAAGUCGGGCGAGGUCCGCGUCACUAAGGUCGCUGUUGAGCCCGUGUGGUAUCUCCCUGGCGUGGCGGAGCGGUUUGGCGUCGAUGAGCCGACGCUGCGUCGUACGCUGUUUGAACACACCGGUGGUAGCUAUCCGGAGUUGAUCACGAGGCCUGAUCUGAAGGUCUUCCUGCCGCCGAUUGGCGGGCAGACUGUGUACAUCUUCGGACCGCCUGAGCGUGUCUCCGACGAGAAGGUCAAAUUGGCGCUGCGCAUCCACGACGAGUGCAAUGGUAGCGAUGUGUUCCAAUCGGAUAUCUGCACCUGUCGGCCGUACUUGGCGUUUGGUAUCCGCGAGGCGAUCCGCGAGGCUCAGAACGGCGGCAGCGGCGUGGUGAUUUAUUUCCGCAAGGAGGGACGCGCGCUGGGCGAGGUGAUCAAGUAUCUGGUGUAUAAUGCUCGCAAGCGCGGGGGCGACACGGCUGAUAAGUAUUUCACUCGGACGGAGAACAUUGCGGGCGUGCGAGAUAUGCGCUUCCAAGCCCUCAUGCCUGACAUCCUGCACUGGCUGGGUAUCAAGAAGAUCGAUCGCAUGCUGUCCAUGUCGAACAUGAAGCACGACGCCAUUGUGCAGUCUGGAAUCGAAAUCAAGGAGCGCAUCCCCAUCCCGGAGGACAUGAUCCCCAGCGAUUCGCGGGUGGAGAUCGACGCGAAGAUCAACGCGGGAUAUUUCACCACGGGCAAGAACUAUACGAUGGAGGAGUUGGCCGAAGUGCGCGGACGCGGAUGGGAGAAGUGGGAGGACGUGACGCAUUGA